AUGGCUGAUCUGAGUGAAAUUCGAAGAGUGUAUGAAAUGGUGGACGAAAAUGCAGAUGGAGUCGUUACUGUGAAUGAAAUCUGUGGGUUUAUAAACAAGCUCGGACUACAAAUGUCAGAAGAAGAUCUGAGAUUUGUACUGAGAGACAAAGGUGAAGAGAUUUGUAGUGAUAUUCUUCAAUUUGAAGAGUUUGUUGAUUUAUAUCACUUCAUCUUUAACCGCGAACAGGAUGAAGAAGAAAAUGAGUCGGAAGAUUUAAUGGAGGCAUUCAAUAUUUUUGAUGAGAAUAGAGACGGAUAUAUCUCUUGUGAAGAAUUGCAGAGGGUGCUCUCCGCGCUCGGAUUAAUUCCACACACUCAACCUCCACAAUACUACAAGAAAAUGAUAUGUAGAUACGAUUUAGACUGCAAUGGAGUGUUGGAUUUCUCUGAAUUCAAAAAUAUGAUGUCUUCUGAAAUUUCGCCAUGA